AUGGAGCAGCGUACUCCAGUCGUGAAAGUAAACACGCAGAAAGAAGCGUUGGCAAGGGCGGAGGCGAGGUUGAAUAACUUGCUAAGCGGACUUUCUGAUGAACUGAAUACAGCUCAUGAGAAGUCAACUGUUUCUCAAUCAGAAGGCUUCGGUAAAUGUGCCAGAUGCCAGCAAAGAAUCGAUAGUCUUGAAGAGGGAUGCAGAGCUCUUGGAGAGACUUUCCACAACGCUUGUUUUCACUGCAACAGAUGUGGAGAUCAGCUCGUUCAUAAACAGUUCGUCCACUCAAACAACAGAGUUUACUGCGAGGAAUGUCACAACUCAAUAGAUGUUCUCUCGCAUCCUCCCUCUUGCUCGAGCUGCUUGAAGCCGAUCACGGAUCGAAUCUGCACAGCUUCGGGAAAGCGUUUCCACAUUCCGUGCUUUGUCUGCUCAAUUUGCAAAUGCCCUCUCGCUGGGCAAGAGUUUCGACUUGGUCCUGGACCAGAAUGGGAGCUCCUGUGCUUCAAAGACUGGUCGCUGCGCUAUGCCCCACGAUGUGGCGGUUGUACGAAGCCCAUUCUGCCCAAGAAUUCCAGCGACAAAAUCGACUGUUACCAGAUUCUCACUUCUGCUUCACAACAAACGCCUAACAGCUUUUAUCAUUUCCAGUGCAUCAAUUGA